CCCUGUGAGAAACGAGACAAAACAUCACUUCAUGUGGCUCUGCGCAUGCGCAUGUCAGGGCUGCCUGAAAGUGCUGUGAGACGUCGCGCCGCAGCUGUACUGGAAAUUACUAGCAUACGAGCAGCGUUUGAAUGCAGCGUCCCCCCUGGAAACCCACAUGGCUAAUGAACUACAACACUGUCUUCUUGUGUCCUCAUUGGUCCGCAGGUGAUUAACAGGAUUAGCUGUAAAUAGCUUUUGCAGAAAGAUCAACGUUACAGGAACGUAGGAGAAACUGACACUUCUUCUGACCAACGUCGACGUGUUGAAACUCGGAAAUAUGAGCUAAAACGACACUCAGAGCUGUCAAAUCUCCCGGACUCUUUAAUUUGAAGUGUGUGUGAGACUUUAGUAGGCAUGGUAGAGGUAUUUACCGGGCGGACACUCCUCAAUAAGGACGGGGAAUUCGUCGAGCCUGAAGAGGCGUUGAGGAAUAAAGUGGUGGGGAUCUACUUUUCUGCAGGAUGGUGUCCACCUUGUCGAGACUUCACACCUAUCCUGUGUGAUUUCUACACGGAACUGGUUGAAGAGAGCGAACCUCCUGCUCAGUUUGAGAUAGUUUUCGUGUCCUCUGACAAGUCGUCAGAUGACAUGGUUGAAUAUUAUCAUGAUAUGCACGGAGACUGGCUAGCUCUGCCCUGGACGGAUGAUUACAAACAUGAGUUGAAGCAGCGCUACAAGAUCACAGCAGUGCCCAAACUGGUGAUCGUGAAGGAGAACGGCGACGUGAUCACAGACAAGGGCAGGAAACAGAUCCGAGACCGAGGCCUGGCCUGCUUCAGGUCCUGGUUGGACGCUGCAGAGAUCUUUCAGAACUUUAAGGGUUAGGACACCACAACGACGAGGAAACAUGUCAACCCAUCUUUUCACGUGGGCACGGCUGAACAAAACCAAAGUAAAAUAUUUUCACUUUAGUUCAGUGGUUUCCAACCUGAGGAUAAUUCUGGAGCAUCACAAGAUGAACAAAAAUAUAUGAAAAUGCAAAUUAUAUUUCUGUUACACAAACUUCUGUUUAUUUAUUCAGCUAUUUCUCUACUUUUUGCUUUUUUUUUCUUGUCAAAUCCUGGAUAUUUUUUACUUCUUGGUCACUCUAAAAUCCUUCAAAUGAAACAAUUUAAGAAGGAAACAUCAAACUCUGGUUGAUUUGCUCACAAGUCAUGCUUUCAUGAGGGGUUUACAAGUAGAUAUUGAUUUGUUUUAAGGGUUCACAAGUCAAAAUGGUUGGGAAACACUGCUUUAGUUGCUGAUUUAUACCAAACAUCCUAUGCAUUAAAGACAAACCUCAGGCGUGUCCAUUAUUGUUCACAUGUGAAAAAUGCUCCGCUUUAGGGAAAUUGUGCGUUUAGUAUGAAUAAUACAAGCUAGCUACUGUAGUUUCUCACUUUAUUAAAACAUACAUUCAUUGAUGUUCUUCAUAAGCUAGUGCACUAAACGGUUAAACCUUGCCCAUAUUAAGUAGAUAUCCUCUUUCCAGAGAGCUUGCUUUUGUAAUAUUUAAGGCUUGACUUGUAGUUCUACUUUGAGCUGCCUGUAUAUUUUUGUAUUUAGUUUUUUAUGAGUUAAGACGGUUAUUAUUAAAAAAUCUAUAUAUAUUCUGUGA